AUGAAAAACCUAAGGCGACCACCAGCACUUGCUCUCUUCUUCAACAGGCGGACUGCAAAAGAUCUUACAAGUUAUAUACCCACCGGCGACGAGUUAUCUCUGCGAAGAACCAACCUCCCUAAUCCCUAUAGACCUCAUUUGGUUUGGUUGCUUUAUAGGUGUAAAAUCUCUGCGACAAUGUUACCACAACGGAUGAAGAAGGGUAUCAUGGAUAACCCGAAGAAACUUGCAACCUUGAUUGAUCUUGUUAACUUGCCUUCGACACUAAGAGAAUUUGUUGGACAAUCGCAAAGUUCUAGAUUAGGUUGUUUUCGGCGUGUUUGGUCCUACAUAAAAGACAACAAUCUCCAGGAUCCAAAGAACAAGAACAUAGUCCAUUGUGAUGAAAAACUGAAGAGUAUUCUAUUGGGAAAAACUCAGGUGGAGCUAGAGGAACUUCCUAUGUUGAUCAAGCUGCAUUUUCCUAAGAACCAAAAGUGA